AUGAGGCGAGGGGUUCCCGCUCCCGCCCUUGCUGCGGGGGCCGCGGGGUGGGACGGGGAGCCCACCUGCCGGAGCCAGAAGCUGAUGCUGCAGGGGGGGCUCAUCCACCCCUCCAGCCCCGGCUGCUACUACUACAUGCCGCCCGCCGUCCGCGCCAUGGAGAAGCUCAUCAAGGUGACGGACGAGGAGAUGCGGGCCGUGGGGGGGCAGAAGCUGAACAUGCCCAGCCUGAGCUCGGCGGAGCUGUGGCGCGCCAGCGGCCGCUGGGACCGGAUGGGGCCGGAGCUCUUCCGGCUGGCGGACCGGCACGGCAGGGGCUACUGCCUGGGCCCCACGCACGAGGAGGCGGUGACCGAGCUGGUGGCCGCUCAGAGCAACCUGUCCUACAAGCAGCUCCCGCUGCGCCUCUACCAGGUAACCAGGAAAUUUCGGGAUGAGCCCAAGCCCCGCUUCGGCUUGCUGCGCAGCCGGGAGUUUUACAUGAAGGACAUGUACACCUUCGACGCCUCCGAAGAGGCGGCUCGGCAGACAUACGACCUGGUGUGCGACGCCUACCGCAGCCUCUUCGACCGCCUGGGCCUUCCCUUCAUCAAAGUGCGGGCGGCCACGGGCAGCAUCGGCGGCACCGUGUCCCACGAGUUCCAGCUCCCGGCAGGUGUCGGCGAGGACAGGCUGGUGGUGUGCCCCGACGGACAUUUUGCUGCCAACGUGGAAACACUAAACGGGGAGCAAACAUCUUGCCCCACGUGCGGAGAAAAACUCGCCCAGACCAGAGGGAUCGAAGUGGGGCACACGUUUUAUCUGGGCACCAAGUACUCCUCCGUCUCCAACGCCAUCUUCUACUCCCCCGAGAACAAACCCCAGCUGGCAGAAAUGGGUUGCUACGGCCUCGGCAUCACUCGCAUCCUGGCGGCCUCCAUCGAAGUGCUCUCUACGGAGGACAGCAUCCGUUGGCCGAGCCUCAUCGCGCCCUACCAGCUCUGCUUCAUUCCCCCCAAGAGAGGCAGUAAGGAGGAGGAGGAGGGAGCUGCGCUGCUGGAGCGGGUGUACGAUGACCUCGCCGAAGCGCUGCCCCACCUCGCCGGCGACUCGGUGCUGGAUGACAGGACGCAGCUGACCAUCGGCAGAAGGCUAAAGGACGCCAACAAGCUGGGCUAUCCCUACGUGGUCAUAGCCGGGAAGAGGGUUUGCGAGGACCCCCCUGUCUUCGAGGUCUGGCAUCAGAACACCGGCCAGGUUUUGUUCCUCACCAAGGAAGGUGUCAUUGAGUUGCUGAGUAAAGUGCAAGUCCCUUAAAC